AUGUAUAUAUUUUCCUUCAAGGUUGUUUGGGCCGAACGACAGGUUCCACUUAUUCGAGAGAAGCGUUCUCUCUCCCCAUCCGUCCGUUGGAAUGAUCCGUUAUAUCCACAGAUGUGGUAUAUCAUACGAAAUGACCUAAAUCAGGGCUACGAUAUGAACGUCCAAGAAGCCUGGAUGUUAGGCUACUCAGGCAAAGGAGUGGUGGUCACCAUAAUGGACGAUGGUGUGGAUCACAAUCACACAGAUCUGAAGAAGAACUACGUGUACCAGUUUUCUUCCGGACUGUACAAAUUUGGCGUACCACCAACACGCGACCCUCAGGCCAGCUACGAUUUCAACGACAACGACCCCGACCCAAUGCCCAAUUGGCGUAGCAGUACGAACAACUCUCUCUGUGUGUCUGCUACUGUUUUCAGCAAGCAUGGAACUCGCUGCGCUGGACAAGUUGCGGCCGAAGGAAAUAAUUCCAAGUGUAUGGUUGGAAUUGCAUUUAAUUCUCGCAUCGGAGGUAUCCGCAUGCUGGAUGGUUACAUCACCGAUCGCCUGGAGGCAGAUACGUUGCAUUUCCGAAACGACCACAUUCACAUCUAUUCAGGCAGUUGGGGUCCGGAAGACACGGGCAAGUUGUACGAAGGUCCAGGAGUGCUCACGCAGUCGGCUUUCCAAAAGGGCAUUGCCUCGGGUCGGAAUAACUUUGGCAACAUCUACGUGUGGGCUUCGGGCAACGGUGGAUCUCAGUACGAUUCGUGCGCUUGUGAUGGUUACGCUAGCAGCCCGUUCACCUUAUCGGUUAGUGGUGUGGGUGAACGUAACCUGCGUCCCUGGUACUUGGAAGAAUGCUCGUCCACCUUGGUGACAACCUACAGCAGUGGUGCACACUCAGAAAAGAUGAUUGCUACCGUUGACCCAAAUCAGAAGUGCACUACCACCCAUACGGGGACGUCAGCCAGUGCGCCCAUCGCGGCCGGUAUCAUCGCUCUAUUGCUGGAAGCCAAUCCUCGUUUGAGUUGGCGCGAUGUGCAAUAUGUGACGCUGUUGGCUGCAAAUCCAGCGCCUUUUCUAGACGGGAAUUUCACCAAGAAUGCUGUCGGACGAUCGUAUAGCCUCCUCUACGGUUACGGAUUGAUGGAUGCCGGAAAAAUGGUGCGACUUGGAGAGCUCUGGCGCGGUCUCCCACCACAUCACCAAUGUACCUCCAGGGUGAUGAACUAUAAAGCGAGACUAGAUGGAAUCUUCAACCUCACGUUCCCUUUGGUAUUCUACGGCUGUGAUUCUGUGCCUCGAAGCGAGAAUGAGACCUAUUCGAACUACACGGAGAAGAGCUCAGAGGAAGGAAGUCCGGUCGUCUAUUUGGAGCAUGUACAGCUCUAUGCAGAUAUUGUCUACCAACGACGUGGACUUCUUCAAAUUACACUCAUUUCACCUUCAGGUACCAAGACGGUUCUUCUUCCUCCUCGUAGACACGACGAACAUUCUGGUAACAUCGGACUGCUUACCUGGCCUCUGACCACCGUCCAACUAUGGGGCGAGUCGGCCAAAGGCACCUGGUACAUACGCGUCGACAAUUUGGCGGCCAGCAAACCAAUGCUAGGUAUGGGAUCGGUGAAUAUGGACUCAGUCAAUGGUUACUGGCGUAGCGCUUGGAUCAUUGCCUAUGGCACUGAUAAGUAUCCCAUCCGUCUGCGUCCGCCAAAUCCCGAGCGACCCCCACCUCCGAAUUUUCCGUGUAAUUUAAAUUUCCCUCCAUACCUGAUGUUCUCCUUUCCUCCGCCUUCACUCCUUUCCCCGCUUUGCGCGCGCACACACACACAAACUACUGCGUUGCGUGUAAAACAGGAAUGGUUCGCUCCUUUCGCCAAAUACGUGGUUGAUGAUUCACUCUGGAAGGAGGUAUACACAAAUGGAACGACCAUCUCGAACAAAGCAGAACGCCUCGACCGAUGGGCUGAAUACUUCGAACAACAACUGUCGUGGCCUCCAGCCGGCACUUAUCUAGAGCCCACAGGUGAAGUAGAACCCUGGACAGUGAUCGUGGAACCACCUACGGCCUCGGAGGUUUACGACUGCAUAUGUUCCCUCAAGCGCCACCGAGCUCCCGGUCCGGAUGACCUUCCACCCGCACUGUUCAAAGACGGGGGUGAAGUCCUCAGUCAGCGCUUGUCCGAUCAGUUUGCUUGCAUUUGGGAAAAGGAGUCUGUCCCAGACAACUGGGGAAAAUCGGUGAUAGUGCCCAUUUUCAAAAAGGGGCGCGUAUGUCAUGUAGAGUGUGCUCCCGGCGGUUGUACUGGUCCAGGCGCUGAUCAAUGUCUCGGUGGAUGCCGACACUAUGCUACUCAGAGCAGACAAUGUGUGCCUGAAUGUCCUCGUGGGACAACUCCUUACGGCGCUUUGCGGAUCAGCGUCAACCAUGCGGAUUACAAUGCCGAGAAGACACACCGCAACCGUGUCAGGCCGGGCCGGAUACGCAGCAGCAACAGUUUUGUUGCCAACGUUGUCUGUCAACCGUGUUGGACAUUGUGUGGAACCUGUGUUCGUCCGCACACCGAAUACGAUUGUAUGUCCUGUUCGAACGGCCGGUACCUGUUACCGCUAAUCACACCGGACGACGCGUCCGAUGUGACAAUGAUGAUCGUCUCAGAGGUGGACUCUGAUGAAGCGAACAAGAAGUUGCCCUCGCUCGUCGGCACCUGUCGUACAGAGUGUCCGGUUGGAUAUUACGCGAACAAAUCCUCAUCUAUUUGUAAUCGUUGCUCUGCCAAUUGUAUGGAGUGUAGUGGUCCCGGCACAGGCGAAUGCAGCAAGUGCAACUCUGGAUUUCGCCUGACCCUCGGGCGCUGCGUGGAUGGGAAUUCGGUGGAUGGACGGUGUAGUCCUGGGCAAUACCUGAAAGACUCACACUGUGUAGACUGUGAUCAAGGCUGUGAUCCAACCGGUUGCCUCCCCGAUGGUGAUUGUUCACGUUGCAAGAGCGACUUCCCCUACAUCUUGAACUCGAGUUGCGUGAAGGCAUGUCCGACCGGAUGGUUUGCAGGUCCUCCACUACCAGAUCCCUUCACCCUGGCGUCUACCAGUCCACACGACGCCGUAUCUCACCCACGUCGUUGUGAGCCUUGUCCCCCUGGCUGCCAAGACUGUACGGCUUUCGAAAACUGUACACGAUGUGCCGAUGGCUUGAACUUGCAGAACGGCACUUGCAUUUCAACCAGCGCCUCGUUGCCAUGCCAUCCUCAAUGUGCCACCUGCUUCCGAAGCCCAUUCGAUUGUCUGACCUGCCCACAUGACCGUGUUCUUCUUCCGAAUGUACUGAUCGAACAGGUACGUUCCAAGCUACUGUUCCACACCGCCAGCCUACGGAGCCGAGCACAACAGACAGAAUCCACCACUCCGAUUGCAAUGACUUCAUCCUACCUAUGCCCCAGUGUCUGUCCUCACGGCACUUUCGCCGACCGAUCAGGUGAUGGAACGAUUUGUCGGGCAUGUUCACCUUCUUGUUCAAGAUGCACUGCUGAAUCUCACUGCCUCGAAUGCUGGCCCUCGUUUUAUUUGGCUUGGGGUACCGGUCGUUGCCUUCCCCGGGUACUUUGCCGACAAUCGGAGUAUUACGAUGCCGUUGACCGAACUUGCCUCCCAUGCGCCGCUGGCUGUGCGACCUGUAUUGGUCCUUUACCAACCCACUGUACAAGCUGUUCAACACUUCCGCCCACACCAAGCUGCUUGUAUGUGACUGGAAGUGAAGAGUCGAAAUCCAACGCGGAUUUGACAGACUCUCCUUGGGGACAAUGCGUGCCCUGUUGUCCCUACCGGGUUGCACUGCUAAGUCGUUCUCCAAAAGACUGUAUGUUUUGUGUAGCAGACAGAGCUUCCUGCAUGAGCGGACACGAAAUCAAUGCUGGGGAAGGGUUACUGUUUGAGGAAGUCACCCCGGCCCCGGAGAUGAUACCUUCGUGGUUAACAAAGGAGCCUUCCAGACUGAUUUUGUUUGUCCUCUGUGGCUUCCUGAUGGUAGGCGUGUGUACAUUUCUAACCAUCCACACUAUCUAUACGUGGAGACGGCGCCGGCCUCGUGGAGGAGAACCGAACACUAUGGCCGUAAGGCAUCGUCGACGACGCGAAGUCGAUGGGCCAAACUAUUCAGAGGAAGAAGAUGGAGCAAAGAUGUCAUUGAAACUUACCAGUAGUAAAGGAGGAGUUGAUAUUGUAGACGGGACUGGCAAUAGCACAAUGGGUCUGGACAACGGAUUCCCGCAGAACGCUGCUGUACCGGAUAGUGAGCCGAUACACAAAACGGCUGCAGAUACACUCGUUACAAGUUCAAACAGCACUCCUCCGCAUCUAGACCGGCCUCGUCGUGUACUCUAUGUUCAUCCAGUUUAUCCUGCCCCGUCAGAGACGGGCGCAGCCCAAACGGGGCCUCAACCUUGUGCAGCCUGUACAACCCAUCUACCAGAUGAAUACUGCUCUAGAUCCGUCCCACUUCCCACGAAACAAAGACAUGACGAGAUCUCUGUUUCCAUCGGUGGAACGGGAGCCUUUGUAAAUGGUUCCGCAUCAACCACUGUUGUUUCUAGCUCGAACUUACAGCACACAAACAAGCCCAGGGAGAUAAAGCCUUUUUGAUCGCUUUUUCCUCGCUUUCAAGCUUUUUAUUCCACGUAGUUGACUUUAUCAUUACUUUCAAUUUUCACCGAGUUCUCUGAAGACACAAAGCUGGAAACCGUUUUGUAUACUCUACUUCCUCCGUGUUUUCUCAAUCGAGCAUAUUACGAGCGUUUCUCCUAUUUUUUCUAUCAUGUAUGAAUCUAUAUUCGAUACCAGAUUUAACAAACUCAUCAGUCGGUGCACUCCUCUUCAAUUGGUUUUUUUCUGUAAAUGUCUACGAUCUGCUCCUAUAUGUUGUCUUCACUCGCUUGAUCUCAACUUUCCUCUCCCACACGCUCCGUGAUUCUUGUUCAUUCUGUGAUGCUCUGGUUCUGAAAUUCACUUCGCCCCAUGUUUCAAGGUUGAUGAGAGAUGACAACUCUGGUUUCACGUCGCAUCUACGUCCCCAAUACUGCACACACGACGCGCUCCCCUGUGCACCUAUUUUAUUGGAAAUCAGGUUUUUCUAUCUUUUAAACUGGGGGGUUGUGAAAUAGAGUGGUAGUUGUACAUGCUUGUUUCGCCGUUUUCAAACAGUUUUUGGUGUUGUUUUAUACGCACAUCGUCUACGUACGACACACCCUACUAUGUCUUCCAGUUGCUGUGCCUUUAUCGCUUCACGUCACAUUGACCUACUACUAGUAAAGAGAUGCCCGUCCGUGGAAUUACUUUAGAGUUUCGAUUGUUUCACGGUGUAAAGUUUUUUCGAUCGUUCUCUACAUUUUCUUCUAUUGCUAUCAUCAUCAACUCUUUUUUAAACUUCGAAGUUGGA